AAUUAGCUAGGAUGAAACUGGCCCUUGUUUGGUGUCUUCUCCUCUUCUUGUUAGCUUCGGCUGCUGCUGCCGAGAUUCCGUCGCGAUCCUCCGUCCCGACCUUGCCCGGUUUCGACGGUCCUCUCCCCUUCAACCUCCAAACCGGGUACAUAGGCGUGGGAGAGAAUGAAGAAGUGCAGCUGUUCUACUACUUUGUUGAGUCUCAAGGAGACCCCAGCACUGAUCCUUUGUUCUUAUGGCUCACCGGCGGGCCCGGUUGCUCAGGAUUUUCCGGCCUCGUCUAUGAAAUCGGGCCGUUUACUUUCGAUCAAACCACUUUUGAUGGGAGCUUUCCAUCUUUGAUCACUAAUCCUUAUUCAUGGACAAAAGUUGCUAGCAUUAUAUUUAUAGACUCUCCGGUGGGCACUGGUUUCUCCUACGCUACAACUGCACAAGCUUACCCUUCAAACGAUACAAUUGCAACACAACAUAAUUACAUGUUUCUUACCAAGUGGUUGGACAGUCAUCCUUCAUUCAGGAAAAAUAGGUUAUACAUUACUGGUGAUUCUUAUGGUGGCAAAAUUGUGCCCAUGGUAGCUCUAGCAGUUGCUCGAGGAAACGAAGCUGGAACUAUACCACAAAUCUUACUUCAAGGAUACAUAGUUGGAAACUCUAGAACAGAUCGAAUUCAGGACGACAACAAAAAGAUUCCUUGCGCUCACCGAAUGGGAUUGAUCUCCGAUGAAUAUUUUGAGCUUGCGAAAACUAGCUGCAAAGGACAAUAUGCAAACCCCGAUCCAAACAAUGUGUUGUGCCUUUACGCGCUGCACCUUGUGAAUGAGUGCAUAAAGGACAUCAACAACGCCCACAUUUUGGAGCCAAAGUGCAGAUUCCGGUCGCCAAAACCCGAUGAAUUUCGCCUAAGAGAAUUGUUGUUUGAAGAUGAUCCGAUCGACUUAAUUUCUUUGUCCAAACCAGGGGUCCAACGAUGCCGCAAUGAUAACUACGUAAGCUCUUAUGUAUGGAUAAGUAAUGAAACCGUUCAAGAAGCACUUCACAUUCGAAAGGGAAUGAUAUCAAAUUGGAAAAGAUGUAAUAAAAGCUUGUCCUACGAGGAAAAUGUCGAAAGUAUCUUCGAAGAACACAGACUUUUGAGUGAGAAAGGGUUCCAGGCAUUGGCAUAUAGUGGUGAUCAUGACCUAGCUAUUCCUUAUAUGAGCACUUUAAAAUGGAUACGUCGAUUAAAUCUGACGGUAAAGUCUGACUGGAGGCCUUGGACUGUCGAUGGCCAAGUCGCAGGGUACACUGAAGUUCACCAAAAUAAUCAAGCAUUUCUCACAUUUGCAACUGUUAAGGGGGCAGGACAUACAGCUCCGGAGUACAAACCUAAAGAAUGUUUAGAAAUGGUUAAAAGAUGGUUGUCGUCGUAUUCUUUAUAGAUAUUUUGAAGUAAAUUGUAUACAAAUAUGAACAUAGCAUAAACAGUUUUUAAAUGGAAGAUUGCUUCCAAAUAAUUGGAGAGUAUUAAUACCAACCAUUAAUAUAUUUAACCU